AUGUCUGCAGGUGUUCCAGUCCGGCUCUUGAACGAAGCUCAGGGUCAUAUUGUGUCUCUAGAGCUCACGACGGGCGACACAUAUCGAGGUAAACUUAUUGAGAACGAAGACAACAUGAACUUAUCUCUCUACGAUGUCACGAUCACUAAAGGACGAACUGGAGAAACCUCGUACAUGAACCAGGUGUUCGUACGAGGUUCUAUGAUUCGUUUUGUGAGCGUGCCUGACAUUUUGCGCAAUGCCCCUAUGUUUUUUAUGAAACCGGGCGAGAAGCCCAAGCCGCCAGUGAGAGGCCCUCCUUCUAAAAGGAGCAAAUACUAG